AUGGGAUGUGGUGGCUACAGCAAGAUAAGCAAACCAGAUGUGAACGGAGCCAUUUAUCGCAAGAUCACUAAGGAGCAAGUGCACGUGGAGCUGGGAAACAAGGUCAAGAUUCCAGACAAUGGACCAACCAUCAUUUUUGUUUAUGGUGAGUUAGCCUUUCAGACAUAUCAUCAUAUAAUUUAUUUGAAGUAAUUCUAGGAGUUAGCCUUUCAGACAUCAUAUAAUUUAUUAGAAGUAAUUCUAGGAGUUAGCCUAUCAGACAUUAUGUAAUUAGGUAGGAGUAAUUCUAGGAGUUAGCCUUUCAGACAUCAUCAUAUAAUUUAUUAGAAGUAAUUCUAGGAGUUAGUCUUUCAGACAUCAUGUAAUUUAUUAGGGGUAAUUCUAGGAGUUAGCCAAUCAGGCAUCAUGUAACUUAUUAGGGGUAAUUCUAGGCAGUGGUUUAGCUAGGGUUGGUGUCACCCGGUGCGAUAAACUCAUGGUGUCUCACCCCCCCCUCCCCUAACUUCCACGAUGGAUUUCUUCUUGUUUAAAAAAAGUCCACAGUAUAACAAUGAUAAGAACAGAAACAAGUUAAUUAAAUUCAAGGAGGUAAAUGUCUUUAAGUACUAUAACAAUGUAAAGUUAUAGUUAUUUUUACAAUAAAUUUACUUUAUUUAAAAUUUUCCUCUCCUGGACUUCAAAGCUGCAAACCUGUCAAUCACUUGUUCAAGCUCAAUAUCCUUCUCUGUAUUACUUUUAAUUGAUAGAGCCAGAUCAGAAAGCCAUGGUGGUUCAUAAAUAAUUCAUUAUAAGCAUUAUCUUCUAUAGGCCUAUAUAUUAAGGGCCACGCUCAAUUUAUUAAUUAGCUAUGAAAAGUUCCGCCACAGACACACAGAUCAUAAGAAACAAUUGAAGGCAUAGUGAGAGUAUUGGAAGAGAUUCUAGAAAGUCCCAUUCAGCUAUGAAUUUGUAAAAAAUCAAAUACUAACCUGUCCACGACUUUGUGAUAUUCAAUAUCAACUGCCUUUAGGUGUCUUUUAAGCCUUGCUAUUUCUUUUAAAAGUUCAUCCUCUGAUAACUCAUCGGAAAAAGAUGUUAAUUUUAGAACGGACACCAAUAACUCUUCUUCACUUGCUGAUAGUAGACUCUUAGGUUGAACAGCCCCAAAAUAACUGCUACUUCCUUGAUCGCUGAUGAUAUAAUCUGGAGUUCAGAAUGAAAGCCAUCAAUACACCCCAUCACCUCCACACUGUUUUCUUUCACAGAGGGAGUCUGGCGUUUAUUAAUUAUUCUCCUGCCAUUAUCUUCUAAAACCUUAAUUUUCUCUCUACCGAAAAUCCAUUAUGGUCUGAUUUUAAAAGUUCCUUUUCAAUAGCAUGUUCCACCAAGUGACAGCGCUUCUGGUGCAGAAACAAUCUUAAGACCUCUUAGGUUGGUCAUCCCUUUGUCAGGAGUAAAGCCUUUAGUCUGCCAAUACUGAUGUGUAAGAUUAACAUCCUCGAGUAGAUUAGCCCAAAGGUAAAGGUAACAGAUAAACGUGAAAUCAGAAACAGCAUGUAAAAGACCUUGUUUUGUAUGACAAUAGUGCUCAAAUGUUAAGGGGUGGUACUAGUGUGGAAUUGGUGAAAAUAUUUACUUUGGAGUAUUUUGUGUUUCCAGUUUUUUGGUUUCAAAAACCUUUUUUUUAUAAAUAUAUAUACAUAUAUAUAUAUAUUUUUUUUAAAAAUUAAUUAAAAGAUAUUAGAAUAUUUUGUAAAAUAUUAUUUUGUUAACCCUAUAAAUGGGUAAAAAUAUGUGUUUUAAUAUAAUGUUUUUAAUUUUUACCGUUUCGAUUCAUAUACUAAGAAUCGCCCUACCAUAUCGUAUUUGGUAUCAAUGGAAAGCUUUAUUUCUCAGAAUUUAGAUAAAUAUAGCUUCCUGUCAUUUAUGAAAGUUACCGAACACUUCAACCAGUGUUGAAUCAUGGUCAAAACUGUGUUUUUCUGACAUAAUUAGAGGGUUACAUUAUUUUUGACGCACCAACUUUGAACUUUAAUUAAAAUACGCAUUUGGAUUGGCUGCAUGUGUGGAACAUUUACUUAUGAUCCGUUAUCCUUUUAAGAAAUAUGGUUAGUACGAGCAGUGUGUGCUCUGUAUAUAUGCAUUUUUAAAUUUGGUGUCACCCCUUGGAUGGUGUCACCAGGUGCUGUCCGCCCCCCCCCCCUAGUUACGCCACUGAUUCAAGGAGUUAGCCUUUCAGACAUCAUGUAAUUUAGUUGGGGUUACUCUAGGUAUGUGUUAUUUUUCUAUUUAUUCAUCUUUCACUGAAGGUAUCAAAUGGUAAAUGCAAACUACUCUAAUACUUAUACACAAUCUGUGGGUGUAUUAUUUGUGUGCUGCAUAUGCUAAUAAAAUGCUGGACUAGACAUAAACACUAAAUGGUUGCAAUGGUAGCAUUUUCUGCCUCUUUAACUUGACAAUGAAGGUUCAAUUUUGUACUGAGUCAUCUGCAGCUAAUAGCCUGGAGGAAUGGAUUUAUUAGUCAAGUUAGGGAGCUUUUCUUUGAGAUGAGGUUUAACCCUGAGUAAAAAAACAACUCAGGCACCAAAGUGGGAAGACAGCAGUCAAUUUGGGGCACAUUAUUAAAAUCGGUUUUCUAUCCAAAAACAGCUUUAGGCUUACUAGCUAAGCUGAAGUUGCCAGAAUACGAGGCUGGAGUGUGCAAAACUUUUUUUUUUUUUGAUGCUGUCAAACAUUGUGAGAAUUUGACGGAUGGUCAUACACAUGCGAUCAUUGCAUUAAAAAUUAAUAAAAACAAAAUUUAAGUAAGAAAAAUAGAUCUGUAGUAAAAACUAGUUACAAGUCCCCUCCAUGGCAGUGGCUAUUUCUCUAUCAAGUAUAAAGCUGUAUGUCAUACGAUGCUAAUUCAAAAAUGUAGUGUUAGCUUAUUGUCUGUCAUUAUCAUCUGUGUUGAAUUGCUACUUCUUAAGUUAAAUUCCAGGUUUUUUGUUUUUUUUUUUGCUUCAAAAGCCUUAAGAACAUACUUAAGCUCCUACACACAAUUAAGGACAUGUUAUUUUUAGGAAAACAUUUUACAGACUGUCCGUACAUUUAAGGAUGGUUGACAACCCUGCCCUCCCUCCCCCUAUAUCUCUUUGAGUGAGAAGAUUUAGCUUAAAGGCUUACUUGUCUUGUUAAUUUCCUGAAUCCUGAGAAAUGUGUAUUUAAUUUAAGCCCAAGAUAAAAUUGAUUUUUAAAAAAAUUCUUUAACUAAUCUCAACCAUGUUAAAAUUCAAAAUGUUUUUUUGUUCUUUCCAAUGUCGACUCUGUCUGUGCCUAAUCAGUUUAUUCAGUGUGACAGACCAUUCAAGAGCAGGUGAAUUAAACUUAAAAUACUAUUUAAUGACAUUCACAAGUACUAGACCAGAAAACUGUACACAUAUAAUAAAUGUUUUUUAUUUUUGUUUGCCUCUCUUCCAGGUUCAUUAGUAAUGUUAAAAAUACUUAUAAAUGGAUGCUUCCAAUUACACACUGACUUGAGCAAAGUAGUUGGGCAGUUUAUUGAUUGCUCGUUUUAAAUGUACUCUAUUUAAACCCACACAAAUUUCAACAACAACAAAAACUACUGACAGCUGUUUCUAAUUUCUGCAAGGGUGCCUGUAAUCAUUGGUAUCGUUGUGAGAGCAACCCUCUCAUUUUUUUUUGUCUGUUAAAGUCAGAGAUGUCCAUAUAUUUGGCCUGUAAUGGAGGGUCUGUUCGGUCUCAUGUUGAGUGUUGAGGCUUUCGAAAUGAACAGAAAUUACAAUUGCUGCUGAGAUUGUAUCCAACUAACAUAGAGUUACAGAGUCUAAUUUUUUUUGUGGUAAUAUUUUGUGGCAAGCUGACUCUUUUAUUUUCCUUUAUGUGUUACACAUUAGCCUGGUUAAUAUUGCUAUCCAAAAAAUAAUUAUUUAAAAUGAAUUCAACCGGGUCGCUUUACAAACUGCAUUGUAUUAAGUAUUAAGUGCAUAAACAAGAGCUUCUUAAAGUGGUGGUUAAUCACAUCAUGUAGUUAUGGUUGUUAACUUGAGAUUUAUAUUGGUUAUUAAUCAUAAGUUGCCCAUUGGGUGUUAACAGAAUUUUGAAUUUAUAAUUUAUUGUUGCUUCCAAUCAUCUGCUUCUUAUAUGUCUCCACACCCACCUACCAUCAUCCCAACCCCCAUCCCAUGCCUACCCCAUUGACUUAACCCUAACCUCCCCCCCCCCCCCCUCCCAUCUACACCCCCCUCCCCCCCCCCCCUCCCCACCCCCCUCCCCUGCCUACCCCCUUGACUUAACCCCAACCCCCCCCCCCCCCCCCAUUGACAUAGCCAUACCCUGUCCCCCACUGACCUAGUGACAUGUCCGUACCCUGCCCCCAACCAUUGACAAACAGACCUACAGCUAGGGUUUCAUUGGGUGCCUAUACCUAGAGUUUGAGUACAUUUAGUGGUUAUAGCUAGGAUUUCAAUGAGUGCCUAUAGCUGGGUUUCAUUCAGUGCCUUUAGCAAGGGUUUCAUUGAGUGCAUAUUGCUGGGUUUCAUUGAGCGAAUAAUACAAGGGUUUCAUUGAGUGCAUAUUGCUUGGUUUCAUCGAGUGCAUAUAGCUAGUGAUGCAUUGAGUGCAUAAUGCUAGGUUUUCAUUAAGUAGGUGUAGCUAGGGUUUCAUUGAGUGCAUAUAGCCAGGGUUUCAUUGAGUGCAUAUACCUAGGGUUUCAUUAAGUAGUUAUAGCUAGGGUUUUAUUGUGUGCCUAUACCUAAGGUUUGAGUGUCGGUAGCUAUAGUUUCAUUGCAUGCAUAAUGCUAGGGUUUCAUUGAGUGCCUAUAGUUAGGUUUUUAUUGAGUGCAUAUACCUAGAGUUUCAGUGUCUAUAGCUAGGGUUUCAAUAAGUGGUUAUAGCUAGGGUUUUAUUGAGUGGCUUAGCUAGCAUGUCAGUGAGUACUUAUAGCUAGGAUUUGAUUGAGUUCCUAUAAAUGGGAUUUCAUUGGGUAAAAAUGGCACAUUGACUCAGAUUAAGGUGAAGAAAAUACAAAUUUAAAAUGUAUUUUCAAAAUAAAUUUUUAUAUCAUCUAACUUUUUAUCAUCUGAGCUAAAGCAUUUAUUCAUAAUGUUACCCCAUUGGCUAGAUUUUUCUGAUUAAAAGUAUUCAGUUACUUGGAAAUGUCAUAUCUGGCAGGAAGUCUGUAAUUCAGAUGUGAGAUGAGUUUCUAUAACGUGACAGUCUCUUAAAUAUUUUAAAUGCUCUCACUGUUUUAUCUUAUCUUUUAUAUAUAUAUUUGGUAUUGAACGAAACCCAACGUCUGCUCUGUGGAGCAACGGGGAUGUUACCUGCCCCUGAUUUAAGAGGUAGGGAGUUGGAAGAUGUAUGGUGUUGUCCCCAGCUGUGGGUAAGGGGCCAAAUGGAAUGGACUUGUUGGUCAAGUAAGGGCCAUUCUUGGUUGAGGAGGUAAGCUCUCAGCCAGCGGGGUCAAAAGACUGCAUCCAACUUUGCAUGGAACUAAAAGUGGUCAAUCAACACAAAAAUAUGCAGUCUAUACAAACAUUGCAGUCUAUACAAACAUUGCAGUCUAUACAAACAUUGCAGUCUACACAAACAUUGCAGUCUAUAGUUACAAACAUUGCAGUCUAAAGGUACAAACAUUGCAGUCUAUAAAAACAUUGCAGUCUAUACAAACAUUGAAGUCUAUACAAACAUUGCAUUCUAUACAAAAACAUUGCAGUCUAUACAAACAUUGCAGUCUAUACAAACAUUGCAGUCUAUACAAACAUUGCAGUCUACACAAACAUUGCAGUCUAUAGUUACAAACAUUGCAGUCUAAAGGUACAAACAUUGCAGUCUAUAGUUACAAACAUUGCAGUCUAUAGUUACAAACAUUGCAGUGUAAAGGUACAAACAUUGCAUUCUAUACAAACAUUGCAUUCUAUACAAACAAUGCAGUCUAUACAAACAUUGCAUUCUAUACAAACAUUGCAGUCUAUACAAACAUUGCAUUCUAUACAAACAUUGCAUUCUAUACAAACAUUGCAUUCUAUACAAAGAUUGCAGUCUAUAGAAAAAAUGCAUUUUAUACAAACAUUGCAGUCUAUACACAAAUGCAGGGUAUACAAACAUUGCAUUAUAUACAAACAUUGCAUUCUAUACAAACAUUGCAUUCUAUACAAACAUUGCAUUCUAUACAAACAUUGCAUUCUAUACAAACAUUACAUUCUACACAAACAUUGCAUUCUAUUCAAACAUUGCAUUCCAUACAAACAUUGCAUUCUAUACAAACAUUGCAUUCUAUACAAACAUUGCAUUCUACACAAACACGUGUUGAAAUGGCAUGGGAACUGGAUAGCUUCAAUGAAGCAACAGCAAAGUGAGAGAGAGAGAGAAAAAGCUUUCCCCUUAAAUAUCAUUCAAGUCAACUCAGGCUUUUGUUAAGAGAAUAGAUUUUCUGUCUCACUUCUCCAGACAUGAGAAUCAAUAAUUUACCUGAAGCCUUCAAGCUUAAACUCUUAACUGUAUCACAAAAAAACAAAAGAAAUAUUUUUUUACCUUUUAAAAAAAAAAAUUUUCCUUCAAAAACAAAACCAAUUCAAGUCUACAUCCUGGGAGUAAUGACGCUGUCGAGGGUCGUGACGCUGUCGAGUGUCGCCAGCUUUUGUUUUACAGCAGGGGUGUCCAACCUUUCAGCUUCCCUGGGCCACAUUUGAAGAAGACACAUUUUUUGGGCCACAUAUAAAAUACACUAAGAAUAGCUGAUUAUAAAAAUCCUAUAAUUUAUGGUCAACAUAUUAAAGUACUUUAAACUUCAUUAAUUCAUGAAUUUUUUUCUAUAAAAGUGAAACAUGAAAUUAUUGAGAUGUUUGACAUUGGUUUUGAGACCCUAGUUGCAAUGAUCAGUGAGUUCUGAAGGUGCUAAUAUGAUAUUUUGGUUCUGGUUUUAUUCUUCGCAUGCUUGAUCCUUGAAAAGUGCUUGUCGCAAAUGUAGGUGCUUUCAAAAGCAACGGCAUGAAUAAGGCAUGAUUUUAAAGCCAAGGAUAUUUUUCUCUGGGUAGAUUAAUCUUAUAGAAGUUCAGUGAAAAGAAAUUGUGAAAUUUUUCUUAAAAUUCAAUGAAAUACUAUACCUCUGUUCAUUCCAUUUGAAAAUUGGCAGGUAAUAUGAUUAUGUCGACUGAAAAUGGAGUUGCAAAUAUACCAAAAGAUUAGUGAUCUUUCAGGAAAUCUUGAAACCAGUUGUCAAAUUACUGUAUCAAAUAUUAUUUUCACUGUAUCAUGUUAACAUAUCAAAAUGCAUACAAUUGCUUGGCAUCAUUUGAGAUUGCCAUAGUUUCAGUUUUAUUUCAAGCACUAUUUUAGUUAGAAAACGUUUUAUAUUAAAAAGUUUGUUUUCACCCAGAAGACGCAUUCUAAUCAUAGAAAUGAGCAGUCAAGUUUGCCAAAAAAAAAAGUCAAAUCUGUGAGCCAAUUUUUGUCAUCAAGUUCUGUCUAAAAAAAAAAAAAUUGAUUCCAUAAACAACUUGAUUUCAUUUGGCAAGUCAUAAAAUCUUUUCAACAUUUUAUCAUCUUACUUCUAAAAAAUAAAUGAUGCCCUGAAAGUCAACAUCCAUAAAUUUAAGGAAUUCCUCGAGCUUGGCAAUGAUUCCAUCCCUUGGUCCUUAUGAAAUUUACAGCCCAAAUGACACUCUUGUGAUGUUAUCCUUAACGCUUUUUGCUCAUAAAUGUUCUUGGUGUACUAUGCAGUGUUAUUUCAUCAUAGAUUAAUUUGGUAGACCAUUGCAUAGUCUUCUAUUAAUUUUACAAGUUCAUCUCUAUUUACUUUACCUAUCAUUGCUGAGGCACCACUAGUAGCUAUACCAGAUAUGUACCCAAUGGACAAAGAAAAUCGCAUUAACAUAUUUUAGUAUCGCAUAUAAAAUAUCUUAAGUAUAAGAGAGGAGUUAUAAAAUCUCUUUCUUCUGCCAAGUAAGACAUUAGACCAGUAAAAUUGGAUUGUAUUUUCAGUCAAAAUCUCAUAAAGUUUGUAAGUUUAUGAUUCUUUUGUUGGGCACCAUUCAAAGCCAUUGUGGCUGCAUGUGGCCCACGUGCCUUGGGUUGGACACCCCUGUUUUACAGUGGCUUACAGAAGAAGAUGAAAAAAAAAGUAUUGUUUAUUGCAGUGGACUAAAAUAAAAAGCCUUGUGUCAGUUUUGAGGCAAACUUUCUGAGUAAUGAUGAUACAAUAAUUGUUCUUUUUUUUUUAUUUUAGCUUAUUAGAUAUUUCCAAAGCUGCUAAAAAUGGAAUAGUUAUAUUCGCUGUAAUCAUAAGCAUGUGACCAAAAUGUACGUACAAAACAAUGAAUUCGAGACAUCCCUUUGAGAAGCACUGCAAUCAUCAGUUCACGUGUCUCAAAUACUGGACUUUUCAAAGCCCUUUCCUGCUCCCACAAAGUAAUUGAUGUCAUUAAUUGUAAAAAGAUGUUUUGGCCCUUGCGCCCUCAACUGUACCUUAUUUUUGGUAAUUUCAGUUGGAUACCAUACCUUUAGCACAUCUCUUGUCUUAGUUUUCAUAUCAACAUGGUAGCUCACAAAAGGAAUUUGGUUUGUUGGUCUGUUAUCUUUCUAUCUGUUAUUUCAAACAUUUGAAACCCAAAUAUGCAUGGAGAGUCACAUCUAUAGGUCAGUGGCAUGAAUUGGAAAAGAAAUAAUUUCUUCAAACCUGUGAUAAAGUAAAACUUAGCACACAUAUUAACUUUGUGAGAGUACAAAAUCAACAUACAAAUCUUUAAACAGAACUAGAUCUCUUCAAUGUAAAUUGACUUAUAUACACAUGUUUUUCUUGUCACAAUGUUAUUGGCCCAAUUAUCUUGAGCAGUUUUGAAAAAUAUAAAAAAAUCAAUGGAUAAGUUGUCCAUCCGUGGAAUAAAUAAAUGUCUCAGACCAAUUUUAUUUAAGGAGACCAUUUCUAAACUGAUAGCAGUUAUAGAUUUUAACAAACAACUUUGUUUUUUUUUUGUUUUUUUUCAGCCUCAAAAUAUUUUUUUUUUAUUUAACUGAACACCAAACUUGUAUAUAUCCCUUGACCACUUGAACUAGGUAGUGUUUAAGAUGAUGUCACCAAUCUUUGACCUAUUAACGAGCCUAACAGAGCUGGUGGCAGUGUGUGGAGGCAAUCAAUUUUUUAUCUUAAAUUGAAACUUCAUUUCUUGCCUCUUUAAGUUCUAAUGAAAUCAAUAAUUGAGUCAGAAUGCUCUUUGUUGUGUAAUGGCACUGGAUUUUUACUCCAUUUGAGUCAUGCUUAGGAUUUUUUUCAGUGUUAAUUGAAUGAUUUUAACCUUGCUCUAGUAAUUUUAUUUCUUGCAACAGAUAAGAAUAAAAAAAAAAUUUUAAUUUUUUUUUUUUUAAAUAAAUAAAGUUGUGUUUGUUUUGGAGGAGGCAGUUGGAAGAUGAAUUAUUCUUGAUUAUAAAAUUAUCAUUUGAACUUUUACACCCUUGUCCUAUUUUUAAUUCAGGCAAGAUUUUAUUUGCUCUGAGAUGACUGCUAAAAGCUUACAUAAAAAAAAAAAACCUUGUAGAUUUAUAUAGCAAAUCCUGGAUAAAUUACAUUAAAAAAAUUUGCAUCAAAUAAUGUUCUGCUAGGCAGUUGCUUAAUUAUCCACCAGCGGCAUUGAGUUAUCUAUCUAACUUUUAAAAAAAAUUAUUCCUGAGGGAAACAUUGCCUCUACAUAUUGUGUACGCUGUUGUCUUCUUCUGUACAGGGGGUCCUGGCUCAAAGAAAGGUCGGCUGGUCUCAGAGUUGUCUGAGGUCUUUGACUUCACCUUUAUUAAUGUGGAGAAAAUCAUGCUUCAGAAACUGGCAGAGAACAACCGCGAUGCAGACGCUAGCAACGAGCAUGGAGACAGAAAAGAAUCUGUGCAUGAGUUGAAGAGAAUGCUGGAGGUAUUGUAGAAAUGAUAUUGCCCGAUAUUUGAUGUUUUAUAGUUACUUGGACUGUAGAGAAAAGUUAAAAUCUGCACUAGAUUUUAGUUGGAUUAUUUGUCUUAUAAAUUUAUUGCCAUCUCCAUUACUCUCACUUUUGUUAAUGGUGUAAAAACUUCUCUGUUCCAUUUAUAUUCACAUACAUUUUGAAGUUGUCCCCCAAUUGUAAUAAUUCAGACGCUUGUUGUGUAAACAGAUUGUUUAAUUGACCCAUUUAGAAGUGUCCUUUGCAUGUGUCUUUAUAUUUGUGUCAAUACAUUUUUAAAAAAAAAUAACUCAUCAAAAGCAUAGGCAAUGAUAGACCUGGUUAGAGGAUAUAAUAAAAAGAUCUCCUCUUUCUCUUAAAAACUGGUUGUUUUUGCAGUGUGGCGGGGAUGCACUGAGAAUCUGCCCAUUGAAAUCACAACUGGGAAUCAUUAAUAAAACAAAAAAAUUAAUUGAUUUUUUUUGUUCAGACUUCAAAUUUGAGAAGUUUCGUAAUAAUGGGAACUGCCCUGGAAUUUAUCAGAUUGAAAUUUUCUCCUUGAGUUUGUUUGGAGACCCUAUAAUAUAAUUUCUGAACAGAGAUGAUGAGUGAUUGUGGAAUGAUGCUGAUGAAUUAUAAAUCAAUAAAAGUAUACAUGGGCAAGCAUAGAACACAUUCAGGGGAAAUGAAUUCUUUGGGUACAAGGUCUUAUCGAGUGCUUGAUAUUUAUGUAAACUGCACAGCCCACUCCCUUCCCUCUCACAGUACAUUUAUUUUAAUAUUUUUUUUUUUAAGCUACAAGGACAAUGCCUCCCCCCAAACACACACACACACCCAACCCCCCCCCCCCCCCCCCUUGGUGCAUUUUUAACCUUUAGCACUAGGCAUUUAGAAUAUUACAAUAAAAUGAUGCGUAAAGGCAAUGGGUUAAACAGGCCACUUACCUAAAUUAUUGCCCCAGCUUGUGUGUUUUGUGUUUUAAUGUUAAGCUUUGGGUGCAAAGGGGGGGGGGGUAAUUUUUAGUUUAGCUGAUAGAAAACAGAGAUAUCUCACAAAAUACAUUGUGUUACAUUGUGUUGAGGGAAUAAUAGGUACUUAUGUUUUUAGAUAUAAAAAAAUGUGCAUGCAAGAGUCAAGUUGCGAAUAUCAUUGCUAAUGAUCAUGUAAAAAUUUAGAUUUAUUUUAAAUUGCAAGAAUCAAUUUAGGGAAAGCUCUAACAAAUAUUUAAAAAUGUGAUUUAUUUAUCUGGUUCAAGAUAACUGACAGCAGUAAAAUCUUCAUUUAUCAUGUUGAAGUAGUAGUCAAGCAUUGUACCAUGGCCUUAUCUCUCUAUUAAAUGUUAACUCAGACAAGGAAGCAAAGUAUUCCCCAUCUCAAUCACCUGUGGUAUGCUCUUAUACUUGUAUAAGUUAUCUGACUGGCUAAGACAUGGACCAACAGUACAUUUGCAUCAUUGUAAUUAUUAUCAGUUUAACAAAUUAUAAGCCUUGAUUGUUUAACCAAAGAGUUUGGCAAGGGAGGCAAAACAUAAAAAGAGGGGAGGAAAAGCAAAUUUUUGGCUAAACUUAUAAAUGUACGCAAUAUAAUUUUUCUGACAUUUUUAUUGCUUAUUUGAAAAAAACAACAAAUUUUAUAUUGAUACAAUUUCUAGGAGGAUCCUACCACCAUCUCUUUGUCGUGGAUCUUGCGGGAAGUCACAACUUCAGUCGACAAAAACCCUCGGGGGAGGUACCUGGUGGACAUGAUGCCUAAUUUAAAAUAUAUUAUUCGGACAGCUAACUUCUCUCAAGACUGCUCCAGCAAUAUGGCUGUCUUUGAGAAAAAGGUGAAAAUGGAUUUUUAAAAUUUACACCUUGUUUAAUCUCAAUUCUUUUCUAUUAAUCUUGUGCUCUGAAAAGUGUUUAGUCUUCAGUCUUGUACACUCAAAGAAGUGUUUAGUGAUACCAGAGAAUUGCUAACUGUUCGUUUAAACAUUUUAAGAAAAUCACACGGAUAGUAAGGUAGAUCAGGGUGACUAGUUUAAUAAGACCCAAAGAUUGUAGUUACAUACAUCCCUCCUCAUUAUAUCAUGCUCAAGCCGAACGCCCACUUAAAAACUGUGGAUUUUAAACAGAAUAUUUAUUGAUUUUGAUAGGGUCUUCUAUUUUAGUGACAACUUAAAUGAUAACCCCCGAAUUAAUAUUUAUUUUUUAAAAUGACUAUAACCAUAUCCUUUUGGUUUAGAUGUUUCCUUAUUGGAACAAAGAAUACAUAGAAAAUUCAUUUUUUUAAAAUUUUCUUGAAGGUUUGAAACAAUACUUGAUUUUUUCUAGAUAACUCCGUAUCAUUUAAAGAUGAUGAGAAGAUUGUGAACAAUUCAUUUGCAUCUAAAAUAUUGUGGGGAAAUUUUAUUUCUUUAAGUUUCUAGACUUAUGUUGGAAUUUCCUCAAUAUCCUUAGUGAAACAGGAAUCCUUACAUGAAUUGACUGAAUUUUUAUUUAUUGUCAUUUGCUGGCACUUUUAAAAUCAAGCUAAUUCCUCCUCCUAACAUUUCUUUCAGUACCCGAUCUCAUUUAGCUUAUAUUUUUCAAUGAACAUGAACACGAAAACUAAAGGUUCCAAGAAGGUAGAG